GCUUGGGCGGUGCGCGCGCAGCCGCAGACGGCGGCCCGAUGGAGCCCGACUCGGAUCCCGCGUCCGUGGAGGUUCCCGCGGGGCGUGUGCUCAGCGCCUCGGAGCUCCGUGCCGCGCGCUCGCGGUCCCAGAAGCUGCCUCAGCGGUCGCAUGGCCCCAAGGACUUCCUCCCCGACGGCUCGGAGGCCCAGGCCGAGCGGCUGCGCCUGUGCCGCCAGGAGCUGUGGCAGCUGCUGGCGGAGGAGCGCGUGGAACGCCUGGGCAGCUUGGUGGCCGCGGAGUGGAGACCCGAAGAGGGCUUUGUGGAGUUGAAGUCUCCUGCGGGGAAAUUCUGGCAGACCAUGGGCUACUCAGAGCAAGGGCGGCAGCGGCUUCACCCCGAAGAGGCCUUGUAUCUGCUGGAGUGUGGUUCUAUUCAGCUCUUCUACCAAGACCUACCACUGUCUAUCCAAGAGGCCUACCAGCUGCUGCUGACUGAGGACACCUUGGAUUUCCUACAGUAUCAGGUCUUCAGCCACCUGAAGAGACUAGGCUACGUGGUUCGUCGCUUCCAGCUAAGCUCGGUCCUGUCACCUUAUGAGAGGCAGCUUAACUUGGAUGGCUAUGCUCAGUGCCUGGAGGAUGGGACUGGCAAGAGGAAGAGGAGGCCCAGCUGUCGGUCUGUUAACAAGAAGGCUAAGGCCCUGCAGAACUCCCUGCCACCCGUGAGCCUGGCAGGCUCCAGCCCACCUGCCUGUGACCAGAACAGCCAGUACCCAGAGAAGCCCCAGGAGUCAAGCCCCAGCAAGGGCUCAGGACUCUCCUUUCAGAUACAGGGGUCUUCAGAGCCUUGCCCCACUCCGUCUAGGGAGGAUGUGGGAUGUGACCAAAAAGAUGAUAAAAUCCAGAAUGGAGCUAAGGGGGCUCCUAAGCCACGCUGGAACUUUGAGCAGAUCUCCUUCCCCAACAUGGCUUCAGAUGGCCGCCACACCCUCCUGCCUGCCCCAGCCCCAGAGCUGCUCCCAGCCAAUGUCAUUGGGCGAGGGACAGAUGCCGAGUCCUGGUGCCAAAAGCUGAACCAGCGGAAGGAGAAGCUCUCCCGGAGAGACCAGGACCAGCAGUUCCGGGAGGAUGUGAACGCAGAUCCCGAGGUGCAGGGCUGCUCCAGCUGGCGGGAGUACAAGGAGCUGCUGCAGAGGCGACAGCUGCAGAAGAACCAGCCCCGCCCUCCACACCUGUGGGGCCAGGCUGUGACUCCCUUGCUCAACCCAGACGAAGCCGAUUCCCCAGCCACGGCCCUUCAACAUGUUUCUGUGCUGCAGACGACACACCUUGCUGACGGAGGUUAUGGGCUGCUGGAGAAGUCGAGAGGUUUGGAGAUCAGCUUCGACGUUUACCAGGCUGACGCUGUGGCUACGUUCCGGAAAAACAGCCCUGGCAAACCCUAUGUCCGAAUGUGCAUUAGUGGAUUUGAUGAGCCUGUCCCAGACCUCUGCAGCCUCAAGCGGUUGACCUAUCAGAGUGGGGAUGUCCCCCUGAUCUUUGCCCUGGUAGAUCACGGUGACAUCUCUUUCUAUAGCUUCAGAGACUUCACACUGCCCAGGGAUCUGGGGCACUGACUGUUCAGCUCUGGGGACCUGCCUUUUCUGGGGGAUUUGGACUGCUCUCAGGGACCAUGUCGCUAACCCUGUACAGGACUCACCUGGAACUGCCUGUAGGCCAAUGUGGUCUGCAGCCCUGGGUGUCUGCUGCUUGUAGGGGAGUGAAGCUUUGCCCCAAGCCCUCUUGCCAAGCAGUGACCCUCCCCUUGAAACUCAGGACUUGAUUUCAGAGGCCCAGGAAACGGGGCAGAAGAGAGGACUCUGUGCCUUUAAACGGGGGUGCCUGCUUCGUGCCAUAAAGCCAAAGCCAUUAAAAGAAAUAUUUUCUGCUGUG